GGACAUGCCUUUUUCAUGGUCUCUGAAUUCUGGGAGAGUAGGGAACAGCAGGCUGAGAUUUAUGAAUCCCAUUCUCCUCUGACCCACUCAGCUGUCUGGGAGUUUUCCACUGCAGGGGGCCCCCACUGGGCUUCCUCAAAAAACCUCCGCCCUUCCCUCCCUUUGUCUCCCUGCCCCUCCCCUUCCUACACUCCAUCCUUCUCCUUAGAGAGGGACACAGGUGAUGGAGGGUGAUGGUGACAGAGGAAGCCUGUCUGGUGUGUGGAGUUGGUAGGGGUUGGUGGGAGAGCUGAGGGAUGCUGGAUGCCCCAGUUCUAGCCUGUGGGAUGAGAGAUGGGCCCCACCUCACAGAGUUCACCCCAUUCCCCCUGUGCCAGGCUCUGCGUGGGCCUGUUUGGCUUCCCUGCAUACCUCACGUUCCACAGGCGCUGCCAGGCCUGCUUGGGGGGGCGGGGCAGGAAGAACUACAGGAAAAGUGGAGGGAGGGUAGGGACAAUGGGGCAUAGCUAUGUCCUGCCCUGGGGUAGGCAUCCUAGUGCCACUGCACUCACUAGGACAGAACAGGAGGCAGCCAGAGGAAGGAAAUCUGUGGUAAGACAGGUGCACGCAAGGCCUAGAGUGGGGACUCAAGAGCUUCCUCCAUUUAUCAUAAUUAAUUAAUAGGGCUAGUCACAGUUCCCAGUAAGUGGAUGGGACAGAGAUUAAAACCCAGGCUCAUGCCCUAGGCUUGUGAUGAUCCACCACCACCACCCCUCUGACUCUUGGCUGCAAGAUCAAACUCAAUGCCGAGCUAAGUCAAAGGUUAGCUUGGGGAGAGAGCAAUUCCAGUUCAGGAAGUUUAGAGGAUAGCUGCCCUGGAGGCCAGACCUCAGCCCUGCAGCACUCAGUUCCGGGACGAUUACCAACCACCGAACUGAAGCAAUUGGAGUUUGCCGGGGAGCUGUAAUCUGUGGUCCCAGUUCCCAUUAUAACCUGGGAAGCCAAUACAAUAGUGUGUCAACAAGGCUGAGAGCCAAAACGUCAAGCCCAGUUGGCCCUUUGAUAAAUGCUGGAGUAUGGUGGGAACCAGGUUGGCUGGAUUCCAGAGUGGCUGGUCACCCUUUAGUCAACCUGUAUGGUCCUUGAAGAAUGAAGAGUCCCAACCCCUGGGUCUUCAGUGUCUUGAGCUGUUUUCAAUGUCCCUUGAUCUGUCUCGGAAGGCUGUGGUAGGCCCGUUGGAAUUAUCCUCUCUUUCCUCUUUGUCCCUCUUCUUCAGUUCCUUGGGCCCAGCGACAGCUGAGUCACAGAUGGGCCAUUUCCCCGAUUCCUGAUACCUCCCCUGGGGGCUGAUCCUUGGUUGUAUCCGUUAGUCUCCUGGCUGCUGAGCAGAGCAGGCUUGGCUCAUUCCUCUGACCUGCUGGAGAAACUGAACGGCCCAGAGACCAGAGACAGACAAACCUGAGCCCUAGAGGGAGGCAGACGAAGACCACAGCUGGACCGGCCACCCUUCAUCCUCCACCCUCCUCAGUCUACGGCAACAUCCUUCCUGGGCCAAAGCCCCCCAGAGUUCACCUGGAGUUGACACAUCUACCCCUGUCCCUGGGGCGCCAGCCCCCUUGGGGGGUCUGUAUCCCAGAAUGUCUGUAGCUGUGGAGACCUUCGGCUUCUUCUCAUCAGCCCUGGGACUGCUGAUGCUGGGGGUGACCCUGGCAAACAGCUACUGGCGGGUGUCCACCGUCCAUGGGAAUGUCAUCACCACCAACACCAUCUUCGAGAACCUCUGGUACAGCUGUGCCACCGACUCUCUGGGAGUUUCCAACUGCUGGGACUUCCCAUCCAUGCUGGCUCUCUCUG